AUGGCCCCCGGAGCUUCUUCAGUCCCAUCUGACCGCCUGCGGGCUCAGAUUCUUGAGAACUGCGCGUUCUUCAGCGAGCUGUACGCUCGGUUUUGGCUCAUCGUCUCCAAGGAGCCCCUGGGUGACUUCAAGGCCAUUGUGGUGAAGACCGUGGACGGCAACCGAGAAGCUGUCCUGUCGGAGAAGGCGCCGUCUUAUCAGGACGCUCUGGAAGCUUUGUUUGUCAGGUCCGCCGAGGCGGUGCAGAACUACAUUGCCACCAACGGAUUCGCCUGCGUGUCCAACAUUGGAAAGCAGACACCCAAGCACACCGGCGGCCAUGGUGGCGGCGACGAGAGCGACACGGACUCCUCGUCCACCGUCAAUUUGAGCGAGUGCGAGUCGCUGUCAGAUGACGAGACCGUCUCGGUCACUUCAGUUGGCCGGUUGAAGAAACGCCGCGGGCGCAAGGCGGACAAGUCAGCCAAGACGGCGAGCUCGACGAAGGCCAAGCCGAGGCAGCCACGGUCGAGAGCUCGUUCGCCCUCUGUCCUAACAGACCGCGCGCGUUCUCGCUCGAGCAGCUCUAGCUCGUCCGGUGACGAGCUCCACUACGGCCCACCGACCUUACCCUCAGCUUGUGCUCCCCACGGAGGCGCUGGCUGCCGCACGUGGCCACUGCGGGCAGUCCCCACGACUCCCUGGCCGCUCCCCAAGGCUUCCUCGGCUUUCACGGCAGGCCAUCCGCCGCCGCCGCCGCCCCCACCACCACAACCCGCGUCUGCAGGCGGGAACCAAAGCUCUGGCUCAGGGACGGCGCCCGCUCGCCCACCCCCACCAUCGUUUAUGGGCCUCAAGCCUCCCGUCGGCCAGCCUACCAGUGUCACUCCGCUUCGCGACGUGAUCCUCGAAAUCCGCUGGCGCGGCCACGGCGAGCGCCGCGUGCUCCACCAGAUGCCGCAGCUCUCGCUGGCCCGCAUACGGGACGCCGCCCUGACAGAGGUCAGGCGCCAGCCGAGCACCUGGCUCAACGCGCCCGGGUUAACCUCGCCUCAUGUCGGCAACUUUUCGCUGACUCGGAGGCUGAGGGCAACCGUCAAGGACAUGGUCCUGGACGGGGUGGAGUACGGCCUGACCGGGUGGGCUGGGGACGACCUGACUCGAUUGAUAGGCCUCCUGCGUCCCACUCGUGAUGGUCCGGGCAGUGGAGGAGGUCUGCCAAAGUUCGAGGUUGAGGUGUGGGAGGACAAUAGCAACACUUCGGCCCACGGUGAGUGGGCCGCGGCACUUGAGCAGCUCCGUGACCCGAUUCAACCACCUGCUCCUCCUCCGGUUCCCUGGGCGGCCGGGGGACGGGGCCCCUCUGCGCAGAGGCCGAUGCAGCCGCCCCACAUUGUGAAGGUUGAUGGCUGCUACCCUCACAACCAGGUUGACCAUUGCUAG